CCCCUGCCCGACGCCAUCGCCGAGUGCGUCCUUUCCGCCUUCCACGCUCUACCAGCCAAAUGCAAGCCCCGAACGCUGGCAUCCGGACGAAGAGAAUGGGUACCCCUAGCGGGCAUCGUCCUGAGUAAAAACCUGACAUGCGCCGCACUGGCUACGGGCAUGAAAUGCCUGUCUCACGCGAAGCUACCGUUGGUGAAGGGGAAUGUGCUGCAUGAUUCCCACGCUGAGGUGCUGGCGAUUCGGGGGUUCAAUAGGUGGUUGGUUGAUGAGUGCGCUGAGCUCGCGAGGAGGGGCGAGCAGGAGAGCGACGGCCAAGAAUCGAGGACGAACUACGACGACGACGACAACGACACGACCGAACCCCAACCUUUCGCCCUCCGAGCCGAUGUGGAAAUACAUAUGUACGCCUCCCAAGCCCCCUGCGGCGACGCAAGCAUGGAACUCAUCAUGUCCGCGCAAGAGGACGCGACACCCUGGUCCCAUCCACCCGACCCCGACUCGAUGCAGGGCAGAGGCAACUUCGACCGGCUCGGCGUCGUGAGGCGGAAACCCGCCCGCCCGGACGCCCCCGUAACGUGGAGUAAGAGUUGUUCGGAUAAACUCGCUAUGCGGCAGUGCACGAGUUUGUUGAGUGGGAGCAUCAGUCUGCUUGUGCAUCCGGGAAGGGCUUAUGCGGCUACGCUUGUUUUGCCGGAGGGGCAGUAUGUGGAGACGGCGGUGGAACGGGCGUUUGCGCCGACGGGGCGCAUGAAGGGUGCCCCCUUGCUUGCGAAGGAGGGGUGGAGGGGAGGGUACGGGUUUAGGGGGUUUGAGGUCUUGACUACGAGGGAGGAGUUUGAGUACUCGAGGGAACGUGCAGCUUUGGGAGAUGGUGGGGUUGAGGAGGAGGAGGCGGCGGCCGUGGGGAGUAAUCUUUCGGCUAUUGCUACGCUGUCUGGACGGGAGGAGAUACUAAUCAAUGGUGUCCUGCAGGGGCGUAAGCAGAGCGAUCCGAGGGGUGCUAGUUGUGUGAGUCGAAGGAGAUUGUGGGAGGAUGUUUGUGGGGUGUUGGAUGUGGUUGGUUCGGACUCGCGUGGUGGCGAUACUGUUAGAGGGAUGAGGUAUAGCGAGCUGAAGGUUAGUUUGCGUGCUCGGGAGGCGGUGAAGCGGGAUGUACGACGAGUAGCACUGCAGGGUUGGAGGAGGAAUGAUGGGGACGAUGACUGGUCGUUGGAC